UAUCGAUGAGAUUCGCGAGAAUGAGCAGCAACUUCUCCACUGGGUCGUUGCGCAGGGCCACUGCAGGUUCAAAUGAUGAAGCGAUGGGUGAAAGAUUGGGUUGUGAUACAAUAGUCGUAAUCAAGCGAACACAUUCUUGCAGGUUCUGCCUAAAUUUCUGUCAUCUGAUAGCAAUAACAAUUCUGCCAAAUCGAUCAGAAUCGUGCUCAUAAGUAUAUGCAGGGUAUAAAAGCUGGUCAUUGCCCUACAGUGUUCCCCUAUCCUCAAACACAUCAUUCCCCCCUCAGAAGAUUCUAUAUCACCUCGCACAGAAAAUGCAUUUCUCCUUCCUCCUCCUCCUCCUCGUCGCUUUGACAUCAUCUAUGUCUGUCAGUGCAUGUGUGACCCAGGGUCAACCUUGCACCCCCGGGUCAGAUGACGAAUGCUGCUUUAUAUUGGUUUGUGUGGCUAAUGGCGUGAGUACUAGCAGGUUGCUGUGCAACAUAACUCACCUGCGCACCUUACUAGUUGAAUGGAACUUCAGUCUGCACAUCAUAGCCGGUUUGAAAAUUGAGCCGGUGGCUUUUGCAAACUGGUGUAAACGUCGACCGGUCGGUGUUCAUAAACUUGUUUCUUGUUCUUUAGGCAUCCCAGCCGUUGGAGGGUUGAUGUUGCCGAAGGAGGGAGCGGGUUCCAGAAGCAGAGUUCAGGCACAUUACACAUAUCCUGAGGUCACAUGAAUGAUGAGAAUACUGAAGUUUAGUUUAGGUACUCUGAAAACCAGUUGUGGAUGUCGACUUGAGAUCGGCCUCGCGAGACUCGUAUGAGC